CCGGAACACCUGCGCUCGCCGACGUGGGUGCUGAACUAUCAGAAGGGCAAUAGUUUCGAGUGCGCGACGCUUUUGGCGAGCUUGCUGCUGGGGCAGAGUUAUAACGCGUUCGUGGUGAGCGGAUAUGCGUCACGCGAACAAGUACUAUGCGACAUGACCAGAAGAACCUGCCCGUACUUGCCGGAGCCGGAGCGAACACCGCCAUCGGCCGACAAGCCGAGAAUCGACAGGUAUCGAUUAAAGGCACCGCCGGACUUCAGGAGUCGAUUCCUCUUAGAGUUGGAAGAUCGCGAGAGAGCGAAGACGGAGGCGGAGUUGCAACGACAAGAAGAAGAGCGACAGAGGAUGAUCGCUGAAUUCGAGCGUCCAAAGCCAGAUAAGUAUUUCGGUCAUCGAAUACACGCGUGGGUGGUCAUCUUACCGGAAGAUAAAGGCAUAAGAAACCGAGAAAUCACCGAACCGAUUUUUGCCGAGCCUUCCUCCGGAACGUCUUACAACCCGACCGAUGAGGAGACCAAUUUGUUAUAUCUGGGGGUCGAAAGUAUUUGGAACGACCAAAACUAUUGGGUGAAUAUGCAGCCUCGCGAGAAGGGCUGCGCGGAAAUCAACUGGGACUUGAGUAAAGUCGAGCUCUGGGAGCACUUGCUUCCCGGUGAACCGCGAAUCGCGCGAAAAGACACGGACGAAACCGAGGAAGACGUAGGCGUGAAACAAGACAAGCAUCUGGACAUGCCGGCCUCGUACGUGAAUGAAAUCCGAAUUUACAGUUCAGAUUUUGAAAGACGAUAUCCACGGGGCGGUAAAACGAUACUUUACAAAAAGGCCAAGGUAGAAUUAUACGCGCCGUACGUUCGAGCUGACGGUUUAACUCAAAGAGUAACCGUCUACGAAGAUUACGAAUAUACUACUCCUGUCCAAAGUUACGAGAAGUAUUCCAACAGAGGUGACUGUCUUACGGAAUCCAGGAAAGACUUCGUCGCCGAUACCGUCACGGAUUUCUUUGAGAAAGGUCGACCGGACCACUGCAAAGCGCAUCGUUAUUCUGCGUCCAAUGGCGAUUUGAUAAACGGUGAAAGAACAAUAGAUUUCUACGAUAGCGCGCAGUUCGAUGGACUGUCGCGCAUCGAGAUAGGCCCGCUAUAUCUGACUCAGCAUUACGUGGACCGUGAGGAUCUUCUGUAUUACAGACACGCCGAAUUUUCGGUGGACCAGGACAAUACGGUGACGGACGGUGGUGUCCGUUCUCGACGCAUUUCGAAAAUCAUUGAAAAGUAUCAUAGGAACGAAAAAAUUCUGGCUUGCAAGGACGUCGCUAUUCGUGAAUUCACAAUGAUCGAAAAUGAAAUCUGCAUUAAAUUUCAUUACGAUCGAGACCGGAGUACUCGAGCUACUCGUACAUUUAUAAAACCGUCGAUGGCGGACAGGGGGGAUCGUUUAGUCUUCGAUCCUACGAUGACCCACGGAUAUAACCCAGAUCCGACUGCGCCGCCGGAGAAAAAUCUCGACCUCUUUUAUGCGCUUGAUAAGCAUCUAAAGGACGAAGACCACUCUGUACUUCACAUCAGAGAUGCCGAAGCCGAUAUCGUAGCGUUCCUGCGAAGAAGAGCCGAUGAAAAUUUAAAUCCGCAGUUCACAAUUUCAUUAUUCGACGGAAAUCGAACAGCCGAGACAGCAGCCGAAUUGGAUACGAAAGCAAUAAGGCAACCGAGUAAACGCGAAGUUGUGCAAGAGAUAAACGAACUGGGGCCAUAUCUCGCGCGAAUAGGCAACCCGGCGUACAUCAGUAAAACGGAAGCAUAUCUGCUGCGCGACGACUGUUUGAGCGACUUCAAGCAAAUGUCCAUUGACAAAGCAAAUCGUAUUUUACGUAUGAUCGAAAAACAGGCUGCGGAACUAGAAAGGAUGCAAGCCCUUCUAACGCAGACUGUAGAUUUAUCGAAAGCGGAGGAGGAACAGAUGCUAGCCAAGAUAAACGAGAUAAGCUUCAAUAUGCACGUGUUGGAAACGUAUCUCAAUCGGCACAGAGAUGUGGUGCCGCAGAGAUACAGGAUACUGGUAGAUCGUUUACGGCAAAAUCCGCAUCUCCAAGUGCUUCAGAAAUAUUGAAAAAUCAUAUUUAAAAAUGUAUACAU